AUGCUGCUUCGUGCCAAGUCUCACAAGGAAUUGAUAAGUUUAUCUCGCCAACUCAUUCAACCACUUCUCCCUAAUUUCCACAAGGGCCAGGCCGGUAGAGUCUGUAUUAUUGGUGGAAAUGAAGACUACACAGGAGCCCCAUUUUUCUCCAGUCACUCAGCUGCAUUGGUUGGCGCUGACUUAUCUCAUGUGAUUUGCGAGAAGCAAGCAGCGCCAAUAAUAAAGUCCUAUUCACCUGAUUUAAUGAUCCAUCCCUAUUUACUAGACUUGGAGAAUCCAUCGUUGAAAUUGAAGGAAAGUGAAUUGGAGGACUUGAGAAAGUUGUCAAUAGAGGAGGUGUUGAAUGAAACAAACGUCCUCACAAAACUUAUUGAUGAUGUUGUUUUACCAAAGAUCCAGCUGUUGUUGACCAGAAUGGAUAUUAUAGUAGUGGGGCCAGGGUUUGGUCGUGACCCAUUAAUGUUGAAAUCUUUAGUCAGGAUAAUUGAGGAGAUUAAAGUCUUGAAUAAGCCAAUCAUAUUGGACGCAGACGCCUUAUACCUUUUAUCAAUUGAACCCAAGUUGAUUACAAACUACUCAAAGGCAAUUAUCACGCCAAACAUUGUUGAGUUCCAACGAAUCGCGAAAAAGUUGGAUAUCGAAGUUGACAUCAGCAAGGACUAUUCAGAAGAAGUUUUGAUAGAACAAACCCAGAAAUUAUCUUCAAAAUUGGGCAAUGUAUUGGUCUAUCGCAAAGGAGAAGUUGACAUAAUUGCCAAUUCAAAGAAUGUGGUCCUUAACAGUUCAACCGGAUCCAGCAAACGUGUAGGUGGACAAGGUGACACGCUAACAGGUGCAAUUGCAACAUUGGUGAACUGGUCAAACCACUAUUUGGACAGCUAUUGGGACAAUAAGGUCGAUUUGGAUGCGAAUGAGGCACACAUUCUUGCUUGUUAUUCUGCCGGCUCCUUAGUUCGUACAGCUGGCCAAAAAGCAUUCAAAAAAUAUGGCAGGUCAAUGCAAACAUCCUACAUCCACGAGUUUUUACAUGAGGCAUUCGUUGAAUUGUUUGACGAUAGUAUAUUUAGGUUUAGCAAUAUGUAA